AUGCUGCUGCACGGGUGUUCUCCUUCCCUCUCCUGCCCUCUGUUGCCUCUGCCGCUGCGGCCGACCUCGUUGGUCUUGAGUCGGUCGGUGCGGCGUCUGCCCCUAGCGGGAGACGCCGCUCUGGCAAGGGCAAGGGGGGCAAGGGAAGCGGGUGGGGCCAGUGGGGGCGGUGGCGGUGGGGGUCGAGGCGGCGGAGGGAGUGGAGGUGGCAGUGGAGGUGGUAGUGGGGGUGGGGGUGCUAGUGGCAGCGGUGGCGGCGGGAGUGGCGGCGGCGGUGGCGGUGGUAGCGGAGGUGGCGGAGGUGGCGGCGGUGGAGGUGGGGGCGGGGGCGGUGGAGGCGGAGGCGGGGGUGGCGGAGGUGGAGGUGGUCGGAGUGGGGCUUCGCAGCGGAGCGGCACUGGUGGCGGUUAG